UUAUUUCAUAUUUCAUAUUAAUUUAGGACCAUAAAAAUAUAUUAAUAUUUAAGUAAUAUUAAAUAAUGAAUGAAGUAUUCGUCAAAUGAGCAAAACAUCAACGAGUUUAUGUAGUACUUCAAAAUUUGGUUUGAGUAAUAUGGUAUAAACUUCAUACUUCAUUUUUGUCUAUUGUGUAUAUUAUGAAUUCAUUUAAUUAGUUACAUUACAUGUACAUACGUAUUUAAAAUAAACUAAUGGCAGGAGUUUCGAGCGGAACAAGAAAGCUAUUAAAGUGUUUUUGCAAUUGUUCAGAGUUGACAAUAGAAGAAGUCAAAAGAAUAUAUAGAUUAAGCGCACAAGAAACGUUAAUAAAUCGUGAAGCUUGUUUACUCUUUCAUAAAUUUUUGGAAAAAGAACAAACAGGAGAUUCUUCGGAAGCAAAGCAAUUGCUUGAAAUAUAUAAGAAGUGUGACGAGUAUAUAAUUAACAUACACGAACGAAUUUUUACUAGUGAUGAAGUUGAGGAAUUAUCUGCUUUAGGAUUGGAAUACAGUCAUGAAAAAGAUUUGUCAAAAGAAGUUAGGACUGGCGAUUUAUAUAAAAUUGAGAUGUGUCUUCGACGUAUACAAGGCAAAUGCCGAAACCGAAUAGAGUGUAGUGACGAGUAUUCAAAAUUUAAAGAAGCAGUAUUGCAAAAAAUUCGUAACGCAGAUUAAUAAAUUCAAAUUUAAUAAAUAUACCCCUAGUACCUUUCCAAAAUUUAAAAAGCACCUUUCAUACGACUUUGGCAUAUAAAUUGUGUAAUACGGAAUAGUAUCAUAUAUGAUUCCCCUUUGCGCUAAAUUUAUUCAUAUUUUAUUAAAUUUUUUGCUUUCAGUUCAUACUAAUAAAGUGAAUCUUAUUAAUUUAAUUAUUAAA